AUGGAGGUUGAAAUUUUUUAUGUUUGGGGAAUUGAUUUUAUGGGUCCAUUUCCCUCGUCCAGUGGGUGUAAGUAUAUUUUGGUGGCCGUUGACUAUGUGUCGAAGUGGGUGGAGGCCAUAGAUCCUCCUACCAAUGAUGCCAAGGUUGUGGUUAAGUUUGUGAAAAAGCAUUCCUUUACAAGAUUUGUCACCCCGAGAGUGAUGAUAAGUGACGGGGGUACUCAUUUCUAUAACAAGCUCUUGAACAAUGUCUUAUCGCAAUAUGGGGUCAAACAUAAAGUUGCAACCGGUUACCAUCCUCAGACUAGUGGGCAAGUUGAAGUCUCAAAUAGAGAGAUAAAGCAGAUCCUAGAGAAAACGUUGGUUUAUGGGAAAGCAUGCCAUUUACCGGUGGAACUAGAGCACAAGGCUUAUUGGGCAAUAAAGAAGCUGAACUUUGAUGCAAACUUAGCGGGUAAAAAGCGAUUGAUGCAACUGAACGAGCCUGAUGAGUUUCGCUUGCAUGCGUGUGAGAAUGCCAAGUUAUAUAAAGAAAAGACCAAGCGCUGGAAUGAUAAGCAUAUUCAACAUUGCGAGUUCGAACCGGGCCAAUUAGUUCUCUUGUUCAAUUCGAGGUUCAGACUCUUUUCGGGGAAGCUCAAAUCAAGAUGGCCAGGCCCGUUUGAGGUAGUAAGAGUCACUCCACAUGGUGCAAUUGAGCUGCGCAUCUUAGGUGGCUAG